AUGGCGAUGAGACUCGGGUUCGUCCCGCUCUCCACGUCAAUGCAGCGGGCGAUCAAGUCAGCCCCCCUCCAGCAGACCCUGAUCACUUACCCUUCGCCUGCACAUGGCUUACAAAGACACCUGAGCAGAUUUCAAGAGACUCCAGACGAUGUGCUUUCGAGCGUACCUUCAUCCUCCCCAUGGCUGGCAGAAACAGGAAAUGUUGCCGUCCUUCUCGCCACUCCCUCAUUCGCUCAGUGGAUAAAUCCCGACGGACAAUUUCUCGAACAGUGGAUGAACAGACUGUACCCGAUACCUACGACGUCAGCGUCUUCAGGUCCCAUCCACGCUAUUCUUGCUGUCAUUGAUGGAAUACCGGAUGCACGCCGACCUACAAACUCGGAUGAAGUCAUAUCAGACUCUGAAGGAUUGACAUUCACGAUCGCGCAGGCAAAGGAUAUAAAUGCAAAGACUGCUGCGCCCCGCCGGGCCAGAAGAAUGGGAACAGAGGAGGUCGCCCUCGUAUUCUCGAUUGAGACCAGUAUUCCGGGUAUACUUGAACAGACUCGCAGGCCUGUUCAUGAGGUCGGGUUGCGGCUCGCCAACACCAUUUUUGUCAAUGGUAAUGACAAUACUCUUCUCGGAACACGCUGGGUUUACGAUUCUUCAGCAAACAAAUAUGUCUUAGACCAGUCAGUCUCCUUGUCGAGCUGUCUAAUAACGAAUUAUGCGAGGACUCUACAAACCUCUUGUAGACUUCCGCUAUAUCCUGUCGGUCAGAGAAGAGAAGUCAUGUCUAGCAUGGGCAAUAUUCUCCGCCAGGUUGCGAGGCAUGCAGAUGGCAGGUCGAAUGAACCAAUGCCAGCUUCAUCCGAAUUGGAGAAGGAGCUUCCCCGUUACAUUGCAGAACACAAAAUUGCUGAUCAAAGGGUUUCUGUUUGGGCCCUGGUCGAGAAGCCCGGUACCGACUUUGUACCCAGUGCAACUUCUACUCAGAAUCGCCUCGCCCAAUCAAUUCAGGCCGGUGGUAAACUUCACCGUGUUAUGAGUGGUGGAGGGGGUUGGGGUAAGAAGCAAGGACUGCUGUCAUUGGAUCCCGAGAUAAGCUUUCUGGAAGCAAAAGACUACGGAGAGCUGUCGGCCCUUGAUCAUUUAUUCUCAGGUGAUGGCAGGAGCCCGGUCCAAGAUCCACUGCCCUUUGAGCAGCCGGCAAUGGCAACGGAUGACCUGUCUUCGCUGUUACAAGUUGCUAGUCCAGGCGACUAUGUUCAAUUCUUCGUUUCUGUUGAGCCAGGCCACACACACAGUGGCAUUCGAACAUUGUCAGAGAUACCUCAGGGGAGCGUUUCGUAUCGUUUCGGUAUGGUUUCUGAUACAGAUAAGCUGGCAACAGAGUCUACUGAGCAACUAGAUCUGAUAGCCAUUCCUCGCUAUUUUGGCGCUCUAUCAGAGAAAGCAAUCACAUACUCCCAGCCCAAGUUUGAGGCAAACUCCAAGGGAGGUGUGAUUCGAACCAGCACCAAGUGUGAUAUUCCUGGAUGUCGAAUUGAGAUGACUUUGGCAUGA